AUGGGCAGGCUAAAUAACUCUUUCCUAUGGGGAAUAUUGUUUGCUUCGGCGACAUGGAGUAUAUCUUUGUACUUAUAUUGGCUGCUUAAUAUGAAUGGUGAAAAUAUCAUUAGUAAUACAGAAAACAGAGUUCAUUAUAAGUUAUUUAAUAGAGAAGAGAAGGAUCGUAUAAAAAACAAUGAUAAAUCUAUUGCAGCUUUGGAAGGUAAAGAUUUGUUAUAUGAUAGCCCUAAACAAAACAAUGAUAAGUAUGCGGGUAAAAUGUGGAAGUAUCAAAAUGAAAAAACAGCUUAUCAGAAAAAGAUAAUGUUGAGAGAAAAAUUUGCAAAUCAACUAGGAAUUAAGAGUGUGGCACAACCAGAUAAAAGUCUAGAGAAUCAAUUUGGACUAAUACAUAAUGCAGAAGAUGUUAGAGUUCGUGAAGAAGGUUACAGUUUACAUGCUUUUAAUACUCUGAUCUCUCAAAGAAUUGGAAAUCACAGAGGAGUGCCUGACACCAGGAAUAAGUUAUGCCGCACACAAAAAUUUCCUGAAAAACUACCAAAAGCAUCCAUCAUAAUUUGUUUCUAUAAUGAGCAUUUUGAAACACUUAUGAGAUCAGUUCACUCAAUAAUAGACCGCACUAAGCAAAUCCAUUUGAAGGAGAUUAUAUUAGUCAAUGAUUACAGUGAUAUAGAAGGCUUACAUGAAAAUGUACAGAAAGCAGUCAAUGAACUAAAUAGUAUUGUGAAAAAGGAAGAAGAAAUGCUUGAAACUAAUAACAUCGAAGGAGAAAAUAUAGUUGACUACAUAAAUGAUGACAGUAACAAUAAUGUAGAGAAUGUAAAAAAGACAACUGACUCAAAUGCAAAAUCCUUGAAAGGUUUGAAUAUACGUCUACUGAAAACAAGCAAGCGAGAAGGACUGAUUCGUGCGAGACUGUAUGGAGCUGACAACAGUGUUGGAGAUGUGCUAGUAUUUUUAGAUUCACAUAUCGAAGUGAACGUAGACUGGCUGCCUCCCCUCUUAACUCGCUUAUCCGAAGGUGUUGAUGGUGUGACAGUGAGGUAUUCUCCUCGCGCAGUCACUCCUGUAAUAGAUGUUAUAAAUGCAGAUACUUUCGAUUAUACGUCAAGCCCUUUGGUUAGAGGUGGUUUCAAUUGGGGUCUACAUUUCAAAUGGGUUAACUUACCUAAAGGAACUUUGAAAGAUGAUGAAGACUUUGUUAAACCAAUUAGAUCUCCAACAAUGGCGGGUGGACUGUUUGCUAUAUAUCGUGAAUAUUUCAAUUACAUUGGAAAAUACGAUCCCGGUAUGAAUGUAUGGGGAGGAGAAAAUUUAGAAUUAUCCUUCCGUAUUUGGAUGUGCGGUGGCAUUCUCGAGCUGAUACCGUGCAGUAGAGUCGGUCACGUGUUUCGUAAGCGCAGGCCUUAUGGUUUUGGUGAAAAGGAAGAUUAUAUGCUACAAAACUCAAUGCGAAUGGCUCGUGUGUGGAUGGACGAUUAUGUGAAAAAAGUUAUAGAACAAAAUCCAUCAGCAGCCCACGUGUCUGUAGGUGAUUUAUCAGAACGUGAACUGUUACGCAAGAAUCUCAAAUGCAAAUCAUUUAAAUGGUAUUUAGACAAUGUAUACCCUGAACUUGAAAUUGGAGAAGACAGUAUCGCUAAGAGAAAGAUAGCUGCAUUAAACGACCCGGAAAAAAAUAAGUUCCAACCGUGGCAUUCGAGAAAACGCAACUAUACAGAUUCUUUCCAAAUUCGUCUGAAGAAAACACCCUUUUGUGUGCAGAGUGCAAAAGAUAUAAAAAGCAAAGGUAGCGGCCUAGUUUUGGCUAAUUGCAUCAGGACGUUGAAUCAGAUGUGGUUUGAGACGGACAAACACGAGCUUGUAUUAGGGCGUAUGUUGUGUUUGGAUGCCACUAACAACGUGUCACCAAUCAUUGGCAAAUGCCACGAACUUGGAGGUACGCAGGAGUGGAAACACAAGGGCACGGCCGGGAGUCCCAUUUACAAUACAGCGGCAGGCAUGUGCCUCGGAGUUGAAAGAGCUGGUCGGGGGGAACCCCUAUUACUAGUUAUAUGUGACAAUGAGCCAACAAACCAAUGGGAUUUUGUCAGAACA